GUAGAGUCUUCAGCAGUGUAAGGAAAACCAGACAUCACACUCAGAGACAAGGCACUGUUACUACUACACACACUCCCACACAGCACAGCAUCCACACGGCUGUGAUACUACACUCUCUGGCCUGUCCACUGAACUGACAACCUGAACACUCUACGACUCCAUUGGACGAUCGCUGAAAUGGACUGAAACAGAGAGGAUCCAAGUGGAAAAAGAUGGUUCGUUGGUGGACUUUUUGACUUUGCGUUCAGUUCCGGGUUAAAUCGCAUCGAAGAGAAGUUGCCUUGACUAUUUUUUUCAAUCUUUUUCUUCACUGUUCCUAAGGGGGCUCUCACACCCAUAUAGAGUUAGAUUUUUCGACUAUCCUCCUCUCUGCGCCUCAGGAGUCUGUUCAAGUCUCUGUCUCUCAGGGGGUUGUUUUUCAGGGUCCAUCUCCUGCCACCCUCCAUGAUGCUGACAGAGCCGUAUGGGUUGAUGGGGUCCAUGGGUUCCGAGGUGCGCGACCUGAGCUCUCUCUUACCCCCGGUGCCCUCCGUACCCUCCCUACCAGUGAGCAGCGGGGGCUGUGGCCUGCCCGUUGGGGGUGCCCCUCAGUGGGCACCUUACCUGGACCUCCACCCUGGCUCUCCCUACGGUUCCCUGCCCUCCCACCACUCCCUCAUCAAGCAGGAGCCUGGCUGGGGCUCCACGGACCCACUGGAGGACCCUCACUGUGGCCUGGGGGCCUUCACGUUGCACUUCUCUGGCCAGUUCACUGGGACAAGCCCCUGUCGGGUUGGGGCCUUCGGUGAGCCAGCUCCAAGCCAGUCCAGGGUGUUUCCUAAUGGAGCCUACCUCCCAGGCUGUGUGGACAGCCCGCCGACCCACAGGAACCAGGGUUAUGGGACAGUAGGUCUGGACGGGGCUCCCAGCUAUGGUCACACUCCGUCUCACCACUCCCCUCAGUUCUCCAGUCAUUCCUUCAAACACGAGGACAUCCUGUCCCCUCCAACUACCAUGG